AUGUCCUCGAAAAUUCUGAUCACUGGCGCUGCUGGAUACAUAGGGGGCUCGCUCACUGCAGACUUCUUGAGCGACAAACAUCCGUCCAUCAGCAAAGACCAAAUAAUUGCUGCCGUUAGAUCUAAGGGGCAAGUGGAUACCUUGGCAAAGUUGGGUAUCCCAGUACUGCAGCUAGAUCUAGCCGAUGAAAAAGCCGUGGCCGAAUCUAUAUUGCUCCACAACGUCUACGUGAUCAUCCACACUACUAGCGCUAUAGACCCAACUGCGGCCUUGAAUCUUAUCACUGCGCUAGGUAAACAGAACAAGGCCAGUGGGAAAAAGACAUAUUUCGUUCAUACGUCUGGGCUGAGUGCAUUUUACGAAGGUACUGGUUGGCCAGCUGGACAGUUCAAGGACACGGAUGCGGUGUUUGAGACAGAGAAGCAAUUGAUGCACUCGUUCCCUAUUCGAAAUACUGAUAUAUCUGUCAUUGAGCAUGCCGCAAAACAAGGAGUGACCAAUUUUGUCGUCGUACCUUCCCUAGUCUAUGGUGAAGGCACGGGUGAAUGGAAUAGACUGUCUGUGGUACUUCCUGUCUAUGUUCAAGCUAGUCUUCGGAACAAGACAGUGUAUAGAUUCCCUGAGAACACGAAAGUAUCAGCUGUCCACAUAUCCGAUUUGACAGCUCUAUACGGGCGAAUUAUUGACAAGGUUCUCCGAGACGAGACACUCCCGUGUGAUAAAGAAGGCUAUUACUUUGCACUGGCACAUGAUCUCUUCCUUGGAGAAGUGCUGGAUCGUAUGGCCUUAGCUCUGAAGUCUCGUGGUCUUAUCGCGGAACCAGGCACUCGGGUUUAUCCUAAUGACCAUGCUGCUGCGGAAUCUUUGGGCGUCCCAGAACAAUUUGUGCAGACGUUGUGGAACUCCGGCGAUAACAUUGUUGCGGAUGUUCCAUUUAAAAUCGGAUGGAGGCCGGCCUGGAGUAAAGAACGGUUUUUUGCGAAUAUUAAUGAUGAGAUUGAUGCUGUCCUAGAGCAUGGGAAGGCGAAGAGCAGUCUUAUUGACUCACUUUUCAAGGCAGCCUAG